UGUUUUUAAAUGAAAUGUCAAAAUCAUAUUGGGUUGUGUUGGCAAAAAGUUUAAAGUUUCUAUUUAAUUAAAAAUAAAUGAAUGAAACUACCAAUAUAUAAUUAUUUAUAAAGUUUCGAAUCUGAAAAUGUCGUGGUUUAAUUUUAAUGACAGUUUAAAUAUCGUCAAGGGUCAAAUUUCGAAUCUGGCGAAUAAUGUUUUGGCCGAUGGAGAAGAAGAUCAAGAAAUUAAGGACAGUGACUAUAAGCAACUACAGGAACUCUGUCACCAACAAGAAUUGGAAAUCAAGAAACUACGUAAAAUCAACGAGGAGCUGAAUGAUAGACAGACCCAACCCCACAAUGCAUCUUCCAAUGGAUCUUGGAACUGGGCAGAGGAUUCAUCCAGCACGACACCACAAGAUACUAUAUCCGACCUGAGAAAGCAAAUACAUGUACUAGAAAAUGAAAAAUCUGACUUACUGGGUCAACUGGACCAACUAGACGCUGAUAAUCAAGAGAAUUUGGCCAACAUCAUGGAGAUGAAGGAAAAAUUACAAUUCCAACUGAACGACGUCAACGAAAAUUUUCUUAAAGUAAAAAAAGAUAAUAAAGCUCUAGCUGCUAAAGAACAAGCUAUGAAGAAAGAGAUAGAAAGGCUUCAACGUACAGAACAAGGAGAAAACGUUGAAAGGUACAACGAGGAAGUUAAUCAAAAAUCCAGAGAGCUUGAAGAAGAGAAUCGUAAGCUAAUUAGUGAGCUCGAAGAAUUAAAAAAGGAGAUGAGUGUCUUACAAACUUCUAAUCAAGCUGUUGAGAAAGUUUUAGAAGAUACUAAAAAAUUAGGCGAAUCCAGCGAAAAAGAGCACCUCAAAAAACUAGAAAGUGAAAACAAGCUUAUUUACUCUGAAUUAAAGAAAGCCAACGACAAGAUAUUAGUAUUUGAAAAGAAGAGUAUCGAAGACGAAGAAAACGUCCAAAAACUAGCUAUUAUUCUUGAGACUUACGAAGAACAAGUCCGUUUUUUGAAAGAAGAGCUAGAAAAAUCCACAGUUGAUCACGAUCAGCAACUUUCAGCUUUAAAUGGACAAGUUCAGCAGUUAACUGCGGAACACACUAAAGAUUCAAAUACGAUCAAAAAGCUGGAAGAAAUUGUAGAAGACAACAAAAAAUAUAUAACUAAUUUAGAAAAAGAAAAUAAUGAAUUAAAGGCAACUAGUAUUGAUUCUUCCUUUGUUAAAGCUUUAGAGGAUACCGUUGAAAACCAAAAACGAGAACUAGAAAAUUGCACGCUGCAGAAAGAAGAACUCAAAAAACUUAACGAAGAUUUGUUGGUAAAAGCUGCAGGAAGAAUGGAUGGCGAUUUAGAAAGCGAAUUAGAAGACAUACAAACAGAGCAUGAAGCACAGAUCAGCGUGCUCAGAGAGGAGUUAGAACAGUUAAGAAAAGAGGAAUCGCGAAACAUAGCUGAUACCCAGAAGGUUGAAAACUUGGAAGAAGAAAAGCUAAGUCUUACUAGAGAGCUCAAAGACUCACAAGAACUACUCGAAGAGUUAAAACACAACCAUAAAGUUGCACUAGAAAGUCUUCAGCAAAAAUAUGUUAAUAUGAUAACGGAAAGUCUGGAGAAAUUUGACAAAUGCGACAAUAUCCUAGAUAUUGACGAAGAUCCUCAAGAACGUGAAUUAGGUAGCUGUAUCAAAAGAAUCAUUAACACCAUUACGGAACUAACAAGUAAAUGUAAUGAACUGGAAAAACGUUUACAAGAUCUAUCAGAAGAAAAAAGCACAAUUUUAGCAGAAAAGAAUGAAGAAAUUAAAAAACUAUUGGAACGAUCUGAUGGACUUCAACAAGAAGUAUCAUCUAACGCACAAGCAGCAAAAGAAUUCGAAAACGAAUGUAACGAACUCGCAAAAAACAAUGAUCUAUUGAUUACUGAGCUUGAGGCAUACAAAAAUCAUCCCGGACUACAAACAAUAUCUGAGUCCAAUGAAGACAAUAUGAUUCUUCUGGAGACGCAACUCGAAAAUGCUAACAGAAGAAUCGAGGAUUUGGAAAAAAUUAUUGAUGACCUAGAAAGAAGCCAGAUGCGAAAAGAUAGUUUAGAAGAAAGUGGCAGUGAUCUAGAAAAUGCUGUCAAACAACUUAGUGUUACUGAAACAGAAAUUACCACCAAACAAAAAGAGUAUCAGGAUUUGUUGAACAAUUUCGAUCAGUUGCAAGUUGAUUAUGAAUCUUUAAAAAGAGAAUUAGAAGAAGUUAAAGAAAAUUUAGUGUUCACCGAUGAAGAAAAUGUCGAGCUAAAAUCUGCAAUUGAAAAACUAAAAACAGAUAAUGAAAAUAUGGAAUAUCAACUUAGUGAACUUAACAUCAAUUCUGAUAGUAUGAAGGAUGAAAUAGAGGAAUUCAGACAAAAAUUCAAGAUGCUUCUCAGUGAAAAUUCUAAUAUCAAACUCCAGAGUGACGAAAAUUUAAAGAAAUACCUAGACUUUGAAAGUAAAAUAAACGUUUUGGAAGAAAAACUAGUAUCAGAGGAAAAUGGUAAAAAAGCUUUGGAAUUGCAGGUUGAAAACAUUACUGAAAAGUUAAAAAAUGCGAAAAUGACAGAAACUACAUUAAAAUUACAACUUGAACAGAAGAACAACGAAUUGGCAGCCCAAGCAGAUGAACGAUACAAUAUAGAAAUAGCUUUAGACAAAACAAAUCGAGAUGUAGCUGAAUUCCAAAACAAUUUUGUCGAAUUACAAAACCAAAACGAUAAAUUGUUAAUAGAACAAGAAGAAUUUAAGACAAUUAAUGAUACUAAUGAACAAAAGAUAAGGGAACUAAACAAUUUGGUGACAGAUUUAGAAAAACAGUUGGAAGUUGCCAAGACCGAUAGUGUGCAAAAAGAAGUACAGAAUGUAACGGAUGAGAUGCCAGGAAAUAGUGAUUAUAAUAACUUAAAACUAAUUUUAGACCAAACUGUUUUAGAAAAAGCAAAUUUGCAGGCAGAACUGAACAAACUAACCCAAAUUCAGUCUCAGCUAAAAGAAACUACAGAAAAAAUAUCUGUGCUGCAAAAUCAACUACAAGAAAUCACAAAUUCCCGCAAUGAACUCAUCAACAUGGUAACCAUGAAACACCAGGAAAACGUUACGUACCAUAACGAAAUCCAAAAACUGAACCAAGUGUUAAUAGCUGAAGCCGAAAAAUAUAAAAAUUUGGAAGCAAAAUUAAAAACGGCUGUUUCCCCAGAAGAUAUUGAAUCCAAAAACAGUGAAAUAGAAAAAUUGACGGACCAAAACAAUUUCCUUAAAGAAAAAUGUGAAGUUCUGGCAAAGAAUCUUCUUGAAGAACAAGCUCAAACACAAAAGUUAUUAGCAGAGAGAUCGGUGCCUUCUGAAAAAGAAACGUCCCUCCAAAAGAAGGUAGAUAGGCUUCAGGCUCAUUUGAUAGAGCUAGAAGAGCAUUACACUCAAGAACUUUUCCAAGCUGAACAGAAAAACGCAGCUUUGAAGGCGAAGGUAGCAGAUAUCGAAGAAAGAGAAAAAAGUUCCAGUACCAUGUAUACAUCUGUCAGUAUAAGAGCCAACCAGCAAGUGGAGUCACUUCAGAGUCAGUUGCAGACAGCUAUAACGGAAAGAGACUCUUUGCGAAAGCAGAUCUCAGACGCCGAAGAUGAGAAUACAAAACAAGCCGCAGCACUGGCGAAUCUACAAUUCGUGCUUGAACAGUUUAGGAAAGAUAAAGAACAAGAUGUUAUUAGGGAAACCGACCGCAUUCGCCGUCAUAUCAACACCGAAAAACAAGUGCAAGAAGAACUUCGGAAAGAAAUAGCCAACCUACAGGCGCAGCUGGAAGAACGGAAUCAAGGCUUGUUGGCGGCUUCGAGAUUAUCCGAUCAGCUGGAGUCUUCGAAAAAGACCGUCGUGGGUCUAAAAGAUGAAGUAUCACAACUACAAACAAAGCUUUCGAAAAAAGAAGAAGAACUCAGUAAUGCCUUGAGUAGUACAGACGGUAAAGUAGACAAGCUUCUGAUAAAGAACCUCAUUCUUGGCUUUGUCACCACAAACAAUAAUCUAAAUAGAGACCAAACUCAAAUUCUGAAAAUCAUCGCCACGGUAUUAGACUUCAACCAACAAGAUCACGAUAAAGUCAAGCUAAACAAGCCGCAACAAGGGUGGCUUUCGUCUCUGUUGGCGCCAAAUCCAGAUCAAAACAAAAUGACCGAAGAGUCUUUGUCAAGAGCUUUUAUUCAGUUUUUAGAAAACGAAUCAAAGCCGCGGGUGGUGCCUAGUUUGCUUGACACUACCACACCUACACAAUCUAAUUCUUCGACAAAAACGACCAACAGCAGAUCCACCACUCCUAAGCAAACGCCCAUCGUGCUCAGUGAAAUAGUGCUGCCGACUUUCUCCGAUUUUGCUCAAAAUAGAAAUUCUAGCUCCAUACUCAAAGAUGUGCUGAAAGAUAACAGCUGAAGGUGAAGAAAGUAUUUGUUAAAGGUGCAUUAUUUUAUUUGUUUUGUAAAAAACGAUAUUUAUACAAAAGAUGUAUUAUAUAUUCGAAGUUAAUGUAUUUUUUAACGCUUUUUAUUUGUAUAUAGAUUUUAAAAUAAAUUUAAAUAAAUAUGUUAUAGACUGUUA